AUGACGACUCAUAGCAAACGAACCCGCAGCGGUUACUUUUACGACUCGCCCGCUUCUGUUGACAAGGCCGACUUGGAUCAGCUGUCUAGUGGUUCUUCGAAAAAUCUGCGGCGUUUGCAAGGCAAAGGCAGCAACAAUGUGGCGCAUAUCUUGGAACACGGCGAGCACAUCGCAAGUCUCGAGGGCGACACUGUGGAUCCCAACUGGAUUCCAACCACACCGCAAUCAUCGCUCGCGUCUUCUAUUGGCUCUUCGCGCUUCUUACUUCGUACUGGCAUGAUCUCGAACGUGCUUGCCGCACCUCGCUUGCCCUUUGCUGGCUCUGCACAUACCCUGAGCCAGGCGCUCAGCUAUCGCUACUCGGCUCAGCAGCAGCACAUACAAGCGUCACAAUUUCUUUUCCGUGGAUCGCUCCGAGGGCAUACGUCAUGCGUCAAUGCGCUGGCCAUCUCCAAAGGACAGGGAAGGUGGCUCGCAAGUGCGGGUGACGACACGGAGAUCCACAUUCGCGACUUGUUCGUCAAUCUACGCGACGACGCCCAGACCGUUCCGCUGCUCGUCCUGAAAGGACACGAAUCCAACAUCUUCUCCCUCGACUGGUCUGCCCAGAACCAAUACCUCUUUUCCACCGGCAACGACAGUCAGAUCCUCCACUAUGAUGUCGAGCACUCGCAGAUCCCUAUUCGCGGCGCUGUUCCGUGUGCGCCUCAAGGCAGAUCACCGCUCAAUGCCAACCCUAUUGGCGCACACGACGACUCGGUUCCUCAGCUUUCCGCCCACCCGACCAACCCGAAUCUGCUCUUGAGCUGCGACGAUGGCGGCGAGCUCAAACUCAUCGAUAUUCGCAUCCCACACGACAGCGUUGCCGCGGCUCGUUCCGACUUUGUUGCUGGCUUCUCAUCCGUCCAGUGGAAUCCCAACGCUUCGGACGGCAACACGUUUGCUGCUGCUACUUGCGGUCGUAUCACCGGCAGCACACGACUUUACGACGUGCGCCAGUGCUUCUCGUCGGACAAGAAUCACCCUCUCUCCAGCAAGGAUGCUGUUCUUAGCUACCACACCGCUCUGAUGCAACAUUCAUCCACUCGCGGCCUCAUCGCAGCUGCCGCCGAGACCAACAGCAUUUGUUUCGAUCCACAAGGUCAUUUCUUGGCCUCGAGCAUCUCACGUUACCACCCUACCAUCUACAGCGUCAACGACCCGGAUCCGCUCCUUACACUCGAAUCCACCGUCGCAGAGGAUCUCGUUGAGGAUCAAUAUUAUCAAUGGCAAGGCGUACCCGUCGGCACCCCCACCGCACCGAAAAGGCUUUCAUCCUGCUGCACCAUCAAGCACGGCUCGUUCGGUCUGCAGGCUCACACCGGCAAGCUCCACUACGCCAUCGGAAGCGACGACUUCCGCGCUUACGUCUUCGAGAUUCCAGACCGCGACGAGCUUUUGCUUCGGCGUGAAUUUGUCAACCGACGACAAUGGAUCCGAGAGAACUCUAGGCUGCAUGUUCUGAGGAGACAACAGAAGACCCAGUCGGAAGCAAGGUCUCAAGUCCAACAUCAAAGCGGCUCUCAGACCGCCCAAGAUGAACAGGACAGCGACGGAGACAGCGACUUUGAAGCUGGCAUGGUUGCAGAGAGGCACGUCGACCACGACUCAGAAGUCGCUUAUUGUGCCGGGUCCAUUUUACGUGCCGACAACAUUGUGCGACCCGCCAGGAUCCAAAAGCAGGCUUUUGUGCUGUGCGGCGGCCGAAGCAUCAUCAACACGGCCCUCAUCCACCCCACUCUACCCCUCAUCUUGACUGCCGGUAUCGUCUCGGAGAUCGACGUUCACUCGGCUGCGCCAUUGAACUCCUUAGAUAUCUACGCGGAGCGCGAAAAAGCAAUCCAGACCGGAGGUACGCGUUUUCGAUUCCUUCUUCCUCCCAAGAUACCGCUGGACGAUACAUCCGACGAGUCGGAAACGAACUCUGACGACGAAGACGAAGGCGACGUCGGCAUCAACGACAUCAACGACAGCGAUGAGGACCAAGAUGACAAUCAAGGCGAUCAACAGAGUCAAGGCGAACAGGCACAUGUAGGAGGCGCCUACCACCCAACUGAAGUCGGCGACAGUAGCAACGGAGAUGCUCAGAAUGGCGUCGCUGACUUUGAGGCCAAUACUGCAGGUGCCCGGGAACCACGUCAAGCCACAGUGCAAGACUUUUUGACCGCCAUGCGAAAUGAUCCAAUGUACAGCACCGCAGCGCCAUUGGGCUACCACCACGACCGCCACAUCGGCACGUACUCGCUCUCGCAUGUUUCACCUGAUCUCUUGCCUUCGGCGUCUUCCGCCUCCUCAGUAUCGGGGUUGGAUGCCGAUGUCGACGCCCACACGCCCACCAGCUCAUCCUCGGUCUCUGACGAAGGGAUGGAAGGCUCUAAUCUCGGCUCUCGACACUCCGUAGACUACGCCCGGCACCGGCACCGGUACAGGAACGAUGGCUACGGCUCAACUUCGGCUGGCACGUCAGAACUCGAAGAAGACGAGGCGGUGGAGCGGAGAAAUGCCUUUCAGGGAGAAGAUGAAUACGACGGCUCGGCCAACGGCAAACUGUGGGCCACGUUGCGAACGAUGGACAGUCAGGGGCGGAUGCUGAAGCAGAUGUAUCUGUUUGACGAGCUGUUGCGCAGGGAUGAGCUGCGCUCGCUGACCGCUGGGUUCCGAAAGGUGCCUCACUAUGCAGGCGGAGAGGGCGAGGGCAGAGAUUUCACAUGUGGCAGCUGCGAGGGGCGCAUCGACACUGACGAGUAG